GGGAAGUAAUGCUAACCGCCAUUCCCUGGCAUUUGCUCCAGUGACACCUGGAGCAGUGGUGGAGGCCGGAGCUCAACACACACAGAACUAUCACAUCCCACCAGCUGAUAGAGGUGGAACAGAACUGUCUCGCUCAACCACACCAGCAGAUGACAUGACAAGAAACCGCAUUGAGAAAAUGGAGCAACAGUUAGCCAACCUGACAGCCUGGGUUCACUACCAGAAGGAUGGAACCGUACGUGAAUCGGGACCUCGUAGUUUAGGCAGCACAACUUCAGAUGGCUCUGGCACACUCCCAGCAUCCUCUUCUAGCAAACACAAAGGAGAGAUCCCUUCUGUUUCAAACAUUGCUCCCACAGGUCUGUCAGACAUCCAUGGAUAUGAAAAUCAGAGGUCAUCGGGGUUGAAUUCAAGGGAGUCUACUCCCUUGAGUGCUCAGAAUGAGGUUAGUGUAAAACUGGCCCAACUGAAAAAUGAUCUACACAUCCUUCGAAGGCAACAACAACUCAAUAUGGAGGCCAUGAGGGAAGAAUUCAUGUUGGCUUUCAUAAAAAUUAAGAAAGUUCUUGGUUCGGUGCCUGCAGCACAAAAUCAAGUGAUCUUCUACAAAAGAAAUGAGGCAACAAAUGCAAGAAGGAACUACAUUACUGACAAGGAACGAGUGGAGAAAGAACUCAGUGACCUUGAAGCAAGUGUGGAAGAACUCAGAACAGAUGUGAUUUCCAGACAAUGUCGUGUGAAUACAUCAGAUGUUGAAGGCAUGGCACUACUUCUUAGCACCAUCACCAAAUCAUUGGCUGACCUUAAAGCCCAGUUGCCUGAGGUGCAGAGUCUCAUGAAGAAUGUGAUGGAUGCUGAGCUCAGGAAUGUAGUAUCAGAAGAAAAGUUUUUGAAGGAAGAACCAACAGAAAUAGAACAUUGCCUGAAAAGAUGCAAGAAAAUAACUGGGACACUUUAUACUCUCAAGAGGUUAGCAUCGGUACAAGAUCAUCGCCCCCCUCAUGUGCCAAAUAUGGCACCCACUACAGCGGGAUCAUUGUGUGACCAGAAAAAGGUGCUAUUGGAUAAUAUUCGAGCCCUGGUACCUGAUCAUGAACAGAGAGUCAAGGAGAUGGAGGCUGCUGAUGCAUCCCGGGAGAGAAAGAAAAAGAUCAGCUCCCAGCAGGAAGCUCUUAAAUUUGGCAAAACUUUAGAGCGAGCCUCCAAAAAUCUACGACCUCCAUCUCUUACAGAUAUCAGAGGUGAUGAUGAUGAUGAGGAAGGGGAGAUAGUCAAGGGUUACCAAAGUGAAAAGGGAGGUCAGUCAGAUCAAGUAAAGUCUGUUGCUCCAACUAAGCUUGUGGUGUCUUCAUCAUCACCAACAGCUCACUUGCCAUCAGCAGCGAUAAUAUCUUUAUCUUCCACAUCAGCGAAGACGUCAUUCCCUUCAUCUACUGUGCUCAAGCAGUCAGAUAAACCAACAGCAACCGUGUCAGCAAUGACCGCUGCUGUGUCGGACACCAUCACCAUGACGGCAACAAAGACAGUAGAGAAAGAAUCUGGUGCGUCCAUUCCUUUAACUCAAACAACAGACUGCUUUAAUGGUGCAUUUCUUGGUAGGACAGAGACUUCAGCCCACUCCAUCAAAACUGGAGCUGAAAGUCCCAAAAAGAAAGAUGCAACAGUGUAUGCUUACCAAAUAAGUGGAGCUGUUAACCCUGUUUUCCCAGUUUCAGCUCCUGCAAUUAGACCAGAAAACAUUGAUGGCUUGUCUGGCAAGACCUCACAGUCUCAAGACGGGCUGACCAAUGUUCACACUGAUACAGUGAAAAGAAAUACAAAUGUGCAUUCAGAUAUACACAGUUCUGAUAAGAAAGCUUCACUUCUUGAUCAACAUUUUGCUGCAAACGUAGACAGCUUAUCACCUCCUGAUACCUCUAGUGAACACCCAGACAGUUUAGAGAAAGGGCAUAAUUCAACCCAGAGACAGGCAGCACGCAGUGCAUUCUUCAGUUCAUUAAACACUCCACCUGAUUCUCCAUCCUCGGGUUCUCCAAAUAGAAAUUCGCUUGGCAUAGAACCAGGACUGGAUGUCAACCCAGGAGCUCAGAGUGAGAAAGCAACACAAAGAAAUGCAAGAAACACAGUCUCGUCUGGUACUGCCACACCCAAGUCUCCUACCAGUUCAGGAUCUUUCUCUAGCAGUCUCCCACCAGAGCUGACCGUCACAGGAAGCAGGGUUGUGUCUUCACUUCAGAACUCUCCAACUCGUGGUAUUCCCCGUCCAGCACCAGCUGACAGCAGACUUCCAUCACACAAUGCUUGUUUAUCCCAAGGCUCAGAGUCUACCAACAAACAGAAAAAAGUUCCGCCUCCUCCGCCACCCAGAAAAGACAGCAGACCCACCUCUGCUAACAUCUCUCCUGUCAGUGGUGGCUUUCUGGACUUCUCACUUCAGCAGGCACAUGCAAUACCUCAGUUCGCUGGUGGAAUUCAGGGACAGCACAAAUUGUCUGGAGGACCUCUGUUUUCCACUCCAAAACCUGUUCCGCAGCAAAAACCUGCAUCUAAAUUUGAACAGGAUAUUGCUAGUGGUAUUUAUGCUAACAUGAAUCGCCCAGAUGUACAAAGCCAGAAGAACACUCCGCAGCAAAUGAUACAUGCAGCAAACAUUCCUAGUAGUGCAAAUUCCAUUAAAGACCGACCUCAAUCAGGUACCAGUGAAGAGAAUAUGGCUAUCCCUCCACCCCCGUCUGUAACGAUAGCCUUGGAUCGGGAAGAGCGCGGCAGUAGCAGUGAAAGCAGCAGCAGCAGUUCUGGCACCAGCAUGGGCUCACAGCAGAGUGUGGUCACCGUCAUCAGAUCACCCUCUGCAUGCGACAAAACUGCCAGCAAGGCCAAACCUGACCCCCCAAAGCGACAGUCCAGUUUGCUGGCAAAGCUGACAGGUGGCGGUAAAGAUUCAAAGAGCAAAAUGAAAAAUGGCAAAGCUAAAGGUGGCGGUGUUGAUUUAUAG